UUCAUCAAAUUGUGAUCAUAUUCUUGGUGGAAGAGAAAAACCAACUCAGAUUUGCUUGGCUCCUAGCAUGUGGCUAUGUAGCUAGGUGGUAGUAAUCCCCAAGUACUUUCUUGGAGGCAUGAGGUUGAAUAAUGUCAGAACCUUAGGUUUUCAGGUUUUGUUUCUGCAAUUUCCUGAAGUGCAGUCACAUGAAAGGAUCAUUUACCUACUGGUUUUUCAUCCAUUGAUCAUGCUCCAAAGAGAGAUUCUCAGUUUGUGCUGAAUACCUGUUUAGUAAGACAUGAAGGAUUUUGCAGCCGUAGAUGUAACAUGAAUUAUGUCAUUACGGGAAAAAGAUUACGAUGUUACUUACAAAAUUUUAAUCAUUGGAGAGUCAGCUGUUGGGAAAACAUCAUUGAUAAAAUGCUAUUCUAAACCAAACGAAUCUUUCAGGGCAGCUCUUCUGCCAACAAUUGGAAUUGAUUUUGUAACAGUGGUUACGAAUGUGGAUGGAGUCCGUGUUCGCUUGCAGAUUUGGGAUACAGCGGGUCAAGAAAGAUUUAGAACUCUGACUUCCAUGCACUUUAGGGGUACAAAGGGUAUAUUGUUAGUUUAUGACAUUGCAAAUGCUCAUUCAUUUGAUCAACUUCAGUACUGGAUAAAGACAAUGAAUAAGCAUAACCUGAUGUAUGAAGAAGUAAUACUUGUGGGGAACAAGUGUGAUUAUGACAGAAAAAGCUGGGAAGUGGACACUCAAACUGGAAAGGAGCUUGCAAGACAGUUUGGGUUGAAGUUCUUUGAAACAAGUGCAAAAACACAAAAGAAUGUCCAAGAGGUUUUCCAGGAACUUGCUAAAAACGUCAAGUAUGCAAAUGACCCAGAUAUGGUAAUAAACAGUGAUGAGGACGGUUGGGAUAAAAUAGAUGCUGGGAUAAGACUGCAAUCAUGUGAUUACCCACAACACAAAAAGACCAUGGCCAACUGUGGUUGCACCAAAUAAUAUGCGAGUCCAUCUACUUUGGCAGUGAUGCAGUCAUCGUGCCUUCUCUGCUCACACUCAGCUUGUCCUGUUUUUUUUUCUUGGUCUUUAGUUUUUCCUCUUUUUCUCUUGCAUGGAGGCAACAUGGCUGAUAAGUCACCUCUUCAGAUUUAUUAUAAACAAUCUGGAGCUUUCCAAUUCACAUUCCACUUUGACCAUGGCAACUGGUUGGGAUUAUUUAUUGGCAAUCCAAGUGUUAUCUCCUUUACUGCAUUAAUUGCUAAAUCCCCCUCCCCUCCACCCCUGCAAAUUCAAGUGUAGUUUUUUCCAAGGUAGUUGUCAACUCAAAAGGGGUCAUGCAUGAUAUAUAAUCCCAAGAGAUGGUAGUUAGAGCAAGAUUCUAUCAGAGGCACCAGAGCAAUGUUAACCAGCCAUUACUGAUAAUGUCUCUGCAGUCUAGUUUUUAUUUUUGGCUGAUUAAAGUGCACCCCCACUAUAACUAAGGUAUCAAGUGUAUUAUUUGUUUAAAUUGAAGAGGUUUGUAGUUACUUGUAGUGAAACAUCUAAAUCUAGUGGAAAAAAGUUUAAAAAGCAUGUGUUUAGGAUUUCUUGCCAGAAAUUCAUAUCACAUUUCAUUGGAUUCUUUCUCGGAUUUAUUCUAUAUUUAAGUACCUCUCAUAACAUUUAAGAAAAUAAUUAGUACAAAUAUAUAGGCAGGAAUUUGUUUUAAUAAGAAUUACAUCAAGGAUGGGUUACUACUGAGGCGGUUCUGACAGCUUGUAAUUACAUAAU